AUGUUUCCAUUUCAACACGGCGAUGAGCUGGUUUUUCAGCCCCCUUCUGUUAUCAGAGAAGAUCAAAUCCAGGAAGAUCUGAACACGGGUCAUACUUCGCAGUAUAAUAAUCCUAGUUCUAGCUGUUGGGAAGGGGGGCUACAGAGAUCAUUAGGUAUUCAAGAAAAUAAUCGUGGAAGUACUUUUAAUGAAUCUGAUAUUAAGAAACUUACACAUAGAGAUAUUGAACGACAGAGAAGACAAGAAAUGGCUAAACUUUAUGCUUCUCUUCGAUCACUUGUUCCUCCUGAAUAUCUAAAGGGUAAGAAGUCGAUGUCAGAUCUUUUGGAAGUGGCAGUAAAUUACAUAACAGAUACCAAAAAUAAUAUCAAGAAUCUAGGUUUGCAGAGAGACAAGCUAAAGAUGUUGUCUAAUUCAGGCAAUCUCAGUGCCAAUAUUGUUGGAAGUUCCUCUAGUUAUUCGCCUGAUUUAGUCGCAGUGAACCCUUGGUUAGAUGGUGUGGAAAUUCUAAUCAGCAGCUUCAAAGAGGAAGGGUUCCCCCUCUCCAAAGUGCUUACAGAAUUACUAGGGAGAGGGCUUAAUGUCGUUAGCUGUUCUUCUAAAAAAGAGAACAGAAGGUCACUCCAUAUAAUUCAGUGUGAGGCCAAUGGUCUCAAAUGCAAUGUUCUUGCAGCGCUGCAAAAAAGCCUGACAGAUGUGAUUAACCUUGGUCGCGAGACUUCUUAG